AUAAAACCCCAGGACAAGUGCCGUCGACCUCUCUCUGAGGAUUUGCCCCCCCCUGCUCCCUGAUCUCCCUCAUCCAGCCCCCCUUCACCCCCAACCCCCCCUCCAACGGCCACCAUGGCUCAAGGCUUCUUCAUCUCCAAGACGCUCGGCAUCGUGGGCAUCCUUUUUGCUGUAGCAUCUGUGUCCACCAUCAUCGCUCUGUCCGUCGUAUACUCACAGGAAAAGGAAAAAAAUUCGGGGGUCUCAGCGACCUCCAGCCCCACCUCUUCCUCGUCUCCCGUCACUUCGGCUCCCACCUCGGCUUCCACGACCCUGGAUCAAAGCGUGCCCUGGAACAGGUACCGGCUGCCCAAGUCGCUGGUGCCCGAGCACUACACUGUGACGCUGAGGCCCAAUCUGGCCCAGGAUGCCCAGGGCCUGUACACCUUCUGGGGCCAGAGCUCCGUCCGCUUCCUCUGCAACCAGGAAACGAACGUCAUUAUCAUUCACAGCAACAAGCUCAACUACACCAUGGUGGGGAGCCACCAUGUGAGCCUGAGGGGGGUAGAUGGCUCCCAGCCCCCCGAAAUCGAUAGGACCGAGCUGGUGAUACCCACCCAGUAUCUGGUCGUGCACCUGAAAGGGAACCUGGCGUCCGGCAGUCGCUACGAAAUGGACAGCACCUUCGUCGGAGAGUUGGCCGAUGACCUGGCCGGCUUCUACCGCAGCGAGUAUGAGGAGGAUGGAAUAAAAAAGGUGGUGGCCACGACCCAGAUGCAGGCAGCCGAUGCUCGUAAAUCCUUCCCGUGCUUUGAUGAGCCAGCGAUGAAGGCCACCUUCGACAUCACGCUGAUCCACCCCUCUAACCUCCACGCCCUCUCCAACAUGCCUAUCAAAUCUUCUGUUUCAGAUGGUAACUGGAAUACCACUAGUUUUCACACCACCCCAAAGAUGUCCACGUAUCUCUUGGCUUACAUCGUCAGUGAGUUCGAAGCGGUGGAGAAAAAUGAAAGCAAUGUACAGAUCCGGAUCUGGGCCCGUCCCAAAGCCAUCGAGGCAGGCCACGGGAACUAUGCCUUGAAUGUGACAGGACCCAUCCUUUCAUUUUUUGCCGACCAUUACAGCACAGCCUAUCCUUUGCCCAAGUCUGAUCAGAUAGGCCUGCCAGACUUCAACGCCGGAGCCAUGGAGAACUGGGGCUUGGUGACCUACCGGGAGAGCGCGCUGCUGUACGACAGUUUGUCCUCCUCCAUUGGCAACAAGGAACGGGUGGUUACAGUCAUUGCCCAUGAGCUUGCCCACCAGUGGUUUGGAAACCUGGUGACUGUGGCCUGGUGGAAUGACCUGUGGCUGAAUGAAGGCUUUGCCUCCUAUGUGGAAUACCUCGGGGCUGACUUUGCUGAGCCUACCUGGAACCUGAAAGACCUCAUCGUGCUCAAUGAAUUGUACCGAGUGAUGGCUAUUGAUGCCUUGGCCUCUUCCCAUCCACUGUCCACUCCUGAGGAUGAAGUCAACACUCCAGCCCAGAUCAGCGAGCUCUUUGAUUCUAUCACCUACAGCAAGGGAGCCUCAGUUCUUCGGAUGUUGUCCAGUUUCCUUACAGAGGACCUCUUCAAGACAGGCUUGGCGUCCUACCUGCAUACCUUUUCCUACAAGAAUACAGUCUACCAGGAUCUGUGGACUCACCUACAAGAUGCUGUGAAUAACCAGUCUGCGGUGACAUUGCCUGCCUCUGUUCAAACCAUCAUGGAUCGGUGGAUCCUCCAGAUGGGCUUCCCUGUGCUGACACUGAACACGGCCACUGGUGCUCUCUCCCAGGCACACUUCCUGCUAGACCCUACCUCCAAUGUCUCUCGUCCCUCUCAAUUUGACUAUCUAUGGAUCGCUCCUGUCUCUGCACUUAAAAGUGGAGGAAAAACUGAAAAUAAAUGGCUUAAUGGCAACAAGACAGAAACUUUUGAGGAGUUUAAAGUGACAGGUAAUGACUGGAUCCUUUUGAACAUCAACGUGACUGGCUAUUACCUGGUGAAUUAUGAUGCUAGAAAUUGGGAGCGACUCCGGAACCAGUUAGAUACAGAUUCUUCUAUCAUUCCAGUCACCAACAGGGCUCAGAUCAUCCACGAUGGCUUCAACCUGGCCAGGGCUCAACACGUCGAAACAACACUGGCUCUGGAUAACACGUUAUUUUUGAAAAAUGAAGUGGAAUACAUGCCCUGGCAGGCUGCCCUCAGCAGUCUUAGCUACUUCAAGCUUAUGUUUGAUCGAACAGAAGUGAAUGGCCCCAUGAAGAACUAUCUGAAGAAACAGGUUACUCCAUUAUUUGAUUAUUUCAAGACUCUCACCCAAAAUUGGACUCAAAUUCCUCCUACACUGAUGGAACAAUACAAUGAGGUCAAUGCUAUUAGCACAGCCUGCUCUAAUGGUCUUGCUGAAUGUGGAGAGCUGGCCUCAAGACUCUUCAGUGAGUGGAUGAGAAAUCCCUCAAAUAAUCCGAUCCACCCCAACCUGAGGUCUACCAUUUAUUGCAACGCCAUCUCCAGAGGUGGAGAAACAGAGUGGAACUUUGCCUGGAACCAGUACCUGAAUGCCACCCUGGUGACUGAGGCUGACAAGCUCCGGUCAGCGCUGGCCUGCAGCCAAGAAUUGUGGAUCUUACAGAGAUACCUGUCUUACACUCUGGAUCCCACCCUGAUACGGAAGCAGGAUGCAACAUCUACCAUCACCAGCAUCAGCAGCAAUGUCAUUGGGCAAUCUUUGGCCUGGGACUUUGUUCGAAGCAACUGGAAGAAGCUAUUCCAGGACUAUGGUGGUGGCUCCUUCUCUUUCUCCAACCUAAUCCAGGGAGUGACCCAGAGGUUUUCCACAGAGUUUGAACUUAAACAGCUUGAACAAUUCAAGGAGGAAAACAUGGAUGUCGGUUUUGGUUCAGGAACCCGGGCCCUGGAGCAGGCUCUGGAGAAGACCAAGGCCAAUAUCAAAUGGGUGAAUGAGAACAAGGAGCUUGUAUUAGACUGGUUUAAGAAAAACCAGUAAAUAGUCUUCCAAUUUGUGAAGGUAGUUGCAGUGUUCCCCUGUGUGCCCAACUCUGAAGUAUGUGUGUCUCUCUCUUGAAGGCCUGAGCCCAGCCAGAAGUGGGGUGAGGGGCAGACCAUACUAAGAAAUCUUCCUAUGCCCCUUUCUCUGCCUCCAUCUUUAGGCUUAUACUACCAUUCUUGAUACUUGGUAUUAUGGGCCCCCCCCCCCCCCCAUUUUUCCCCAUGCCAGGCCCACUUGGCAUUGACAGAACCUGAAAAAACCAAGCUCCUGGAGAGCAUCAUGGACUCAUUUUACCAGAGAGACAUUGUUCCAGAGCUAAUCUCAGGGAAGCCCAUGUCCCUUGGGCUGAAAGACUCAGACAAAAAGUGGAGUGUUCUCUGGCUGCCAUUCCUUCUCUCUCCCUCACCUUGAAAAUCCCAGCUUCUGAGAAAUCAAUGGGGAAAAUAUCUCUAUUUUUUUUCCAAGGGAAAAUGUAAAUAAAUGAUUUCUAAA